AUGGUAGCAUUCGCUGUCGGGGGUCUGCUAGGUGACACGCUUUUCCAUCUGCUACCAGAGAUCUUCUUGGGCGAGGACGAACACGAUUCGGUCAAAUUUGUUAUGGUGGAGCCCAACAAGAAUCUAUUGCUAGGCGUGGCCAUCAUGGUGGGCUUUGUCACGUUUGUGGCCAUGGACAAGGGGUUGCGCAUUGCGACUGGAGGCCAAGGCGGCCACGAUCACUCCCAUGGACAUUCGCACGAGAAGGUCGAAGCAACUGCGAAGGCGACAGGCAUCGGCACAAAGGACUCGAAAGAUACGCUUCGCGCCAGGAAGUCUGGUGCAAACGCUACAUCGGCCACCGCAGACGCACCAACCGAGAAGGAGAUCAACGCCAGCGUUAAACUUGGUGGCUACCUCAACCUUAUCGCCGACUUCACUCACAACAUCACCGACGGGCUCGCGCUCAGUUCUUCCUUUUACGCCUCACCCACAAUCGGAGCUACAACUACUGUGGCUGUGUUCUUUCACGAAAUCCCUCACGAGGUGGGCGAUUUUGCUCUCCUAAUACAGUCGGGCUUUAGUAAGCGCGCAGCUAUGGGCGCGCAAUUUGUCACAGCUGUCGGCGCUUUUCUAGGCACAUGCAUUGGCAUCGCUAUCCAAGAAUUCGGCGGAAACUCCGCGUCAGCCGGCGCCCACGGCCCUGGAAUUAUGGGUACCAGUCUGCAAUGGGGUGACAUGUUGCUCCCAUUCACCGCUGGCACGUUUCUGUAUGUCGGAACAGUUGCUGUCAUACCAGAACUACUUGAGACCGGCCCGAACAAGGGUCAAGAACUGAGAAAGACCCUGAUGCAGUUCAGCGCCAUGUUCACUGGUGCCGGCAUCAUGUUGUAUAUCUCAUGGCACUGA